GUUAGGGGAGAGCGAUGAGUGAGUGAUUCUGACCCGCACCUGCUGUAUCACCCACGUGGCAAACACUACUAAAAUAUUGACAAAGAUUCUCGAUCCAGCGGCUCACAUCUCAAGAUCUUCUGCAGCCGCAAGAUCGAAACCCUACCGCCCAAGCCCAACAACUUCUCCCAGAUUCGUAAACCGUUAAACCCAUCUCUCACACCGUUAAUCCCAAAAAAAAAAGUGAGUUUCGUUCGUGUUAGAAGCAAAAGCGUUGAAGCGAAGAGAAAAUUCGCAAACGCUUCGCUGAAAUUUCUUAGAUUCUGCACUUUUUUUUUCUGAGGAUUUUCAACUUUCUGCUUUUCUAUCCACUCGCGUUGGAUCGAAUCUGUUACUCUAGUAACAGUUAGUUUCCUUUUUCUUUCUCUCUCUCUCUCUUUUGUUUUAAAGGAUUUGACGACGAAAUUCGCCAGCAGAGCCCGUUUGGAUGCUGAGAAAACGAAGGAAAAGAAGGUGAGAUUUUCCUGCGAGUGAGCUUUCGGUCGGAGCUGAAGAGGUUGAGGUUUUGUAUGCGCGAGGGAGAAAAAGAUAGUAGUGUGUGGUUGCUGGUGGUGCUCUGAGAUUCUUUUCUUUCACUUUCUCAGCAAACAAACGGCGAUAAAUUAAGAAUGCAGACAAGGUAUAUGGAGAGAUCGAAUAGUAUGGCGAGGGAGAAGCGAAGCUUAGAUUCAGGUUCGGGUGAGGAAGACCAACCUGAAAGGAAGCGACCUGCGUUGGCUAGUGUAAUUGUUGAAGCCCUGAAGAUGGACAGUCUGCAGAAACUUUGUUCAUCACUGGAGCCUAUUCUACGUAGAGUUGUUAGCGAAGAAGUAGAGCGUGCUUUAGCGAAAUUAGGCCCUGCCCAGCUUAGUGGGAGGUCUUCUCCCAAACGCAUAGAAGCCCCUGAUAACAGCAGUCUACAAUUACAAUUCAAGACCAGGUUAUCGCUUCCCCUCUUUACUGGUGGGAAAGUGGAGGGAGAGCAUGGCACUGCGAUACAUAUUGUUUUGGUUGAUGUAAAAACAGGACAUGUUGUCACAUCUGGCCCAGCUUCAUGUGUCAGAUUGGAUGUUAUUGUACUUGAAGGAGAUUUCAAUACUGAGGAUGAUGAUAAUUGGAAUGAAGAAGAAUUUGAGAGUCAUGUAGUUAAAGAGCGAGAAGGAAAAAGACCUCUUCUGACUGGUGAUCUGCAAGUGACACUGAAGGAGGGUGUGGGAACACUGGGUGAGCUUACAUUUACUGACAACUCUAGCUGGAUAAGGAGUCGGAAGUUCAGGUUGGGGCUGAAAGUUUCCUUAGGUUGUUGUGAAGGAACUCGAAUUCGUGAAGCCAAAACAGAGGCUUUCACGGUUAAGGAUCACCGUGGAGAAUUAUACAAGAAACACUACCCACCUGCCUUGAAUGACGAGGUCUGGAGAUUGGAGAAGAUAGGCAAGGAUGGAUCCUUUCACAAAAGGCUAAAUAAAGCAGGAAUAUAUACUGUUGAAGAUGUCCUACGACUUGUGGUCAGAGAUCCUCAGAGAUUGAGAAAUAUUCUUGGGAGUGGCAUGUCAAACAAAAUGUGGGAUGCUCUUAUUGAGCAUGCAAAGACUUGUGUCCUCAGUGGAAAACUCUAUGUAUACUAUCCUGAAGAUGCAAGGAAUGUUGGUGUUGUUUUCAAUAACAUCUAUGAGUUGAGUGGUUUAAUUGCUAAUGACCAAUACUACUCUGCUGAUUCUCUCUCCGACAGUCAAAAGGUUUACGUGGACACAUUGGUGAAGAAGGCAUAUGAGAAUUGGAUGCAUGUUAUUGAGUAUGAUGGCAAGUCUCUACUAAAUUACAAUCAGACUAAGACUUUGGUCACCUCCCAACCUCAGGCUCCAAUGGAUUCCCAUGAUUAUUCAAAUUCAAACUCACUUGAUCAACAGAUCUCCAUCCCAAGUCUACCACUUCCUGUAUCUACAGGGCAGCCUUCAAUGGAUCCAGGAGUAGCAGUUGGAGGUUAUCAUAAUGGGACAACUACCGGAUGCUCAAUGCAACCACAGAAUGAUAAUACUAAUUCUUCUUUUCACUUUGAUAAUACUGCAUUCCCACUACAAAACCAGCUAAUGAGUGCUUCAGACCAAUCCCUACUUCCAAGAAAUGAAAAUGGGUUGACGGUUUGUCCACGGCAAUCCACCGCUUCAGGCUUUCAGACUGUAAGCAAUCCUACUUAUAAAGGAUUUGAGGACUUCUUCCCGGAGGAGGAGAUUCGAACUAGAAGUCAUGAGAUGCUAGAAAAUGAAGAUAUGCAGCAUCUUCUCCGUAUUUUUAAUAUGGGAGGGCAAUCUCAUACUUCCUUUAAUGCUCCUGAAGAUGUGUACCCUUAUUCAUCUCCAUACAUGCCUACGACCUCCGUGGGCUACAACACAGAUGAUGAACGAACUCGUUCCUCAGGAAAGGCUGUUGUGGGCUGGCUCAAGCUUAAGGCGGCUUUGAGAUGGGGAAUUUUUAUUCGGAAGAGAGCUGCUGAGAAACGGGCACAACUUGUUGAGUUGGAAGACUCGUAAAUAUGGAGCCAGAGCCAUAUUGAUUAGGUUAACAAAUGCUCCUUUUAUGACAUUCAGAAUAGCUAUCAUACUGGAGUUUUAUAGCAUGAGUAAGACAUGAAAUCUGGAUUGAAUUAUUUGGUGCAGCCUUAACUUAAAGCUCCCACUGUGCAUUCAUAAACAGUUGUGCAGCGAUCUCUGCCUGUACAGGAAUAUCACCCUGCAACAACUCAUCUGUUUUACUUGUGAUGUUUUCCCCCUCUACACUAUUGCCUGCAAGUUGUGAAGACCCGACAGUUUACCACCUGGUUUAAACAAAAAGUCUGUGGUGGCUUGAAAUUAUCAGGAUUUCUAGAAACUUGGAAAGCUGGGAUUAUUCGUUUACAUUGAGCAGGAUGUACUGAAUUUUGUGUUGUAGGCUAGAUGGGUGGAACUUAACUGGUGUGUUUUGUGAAGUUGCCUUGUGGCGCAAAUCAGUAUUGAAUUGCUGGAUUUGGGACUGCUAUUUGUUUAUUUGCCUUGUGAAUGUUUCAGCGGACUUGUAAGUCUGCACGCUUUGUCAGGGGCUACUGGUCUUGUGAUACUCAUCUAAAAAGUGAGAAAAGAUGUUAGACCUCACCUGCUAUAUUCCUGAAUGGACUAAUAAAUUAAUCACUCUCAUUUUUAAUUAAGAAUUACA